CGUGCCCUUACUCAGUUAGGGUUUUGAGAUAUCCGGGCGAACUCACUGUCGCAGGUGAGUGAAACUUCAAUAGACGUAAACAAGGAUAUACAACUGCUUUAAAAGGACACAAAGCUACUUUAACAGGCCAUCUAGAAGGCUCCAGGCCUGUCUCUUCACAAUGGUCAACCCGCUGGACUCAGUCAACCCCAGCCAUGCUCUGUUUGAGGGCUUUGUCCAGGCGCAGACAUGUAAAGAGACGCAGCAAAACUUCACCGAGCUCUGCCGCCACCUGCAGGUCGACCCCAAAGACUACAAGCACUUCUACAGCAAACUGAAGGACAGACUGAACUACUGGAAGGCCAAAGACCUCUGGCAGAAGAUCGACAAGAGAGCCGCUCAUCCCGACUAUGACCAGGGAAAAGCAUGUCACCAAAACAAGUGUUUGGUGUUGGGCGCGGGUCCCUGUGGUCUCAGGACAGCCAUUGAAUUGGCUCUGCUUGGCGCUCAGGUUGUUGUUCUGGAGAAAAGAUCAUCUUUCACGAGGAAUAAUGUCCUGCAUUUGUGGCCCUUCACCAUUAAAGACCUUCUCAACCUCGGGGCAAAGAAAUUUUAUGGCCGAUUCUGCAGUGGCUCCAUCCAUCACAUAAGUAUCCGUCAGCUGCAGUUGAUUCUGCUGAAAGUGGCUCUGUUUUUGGGGGUGGAGGUUCACACUGGUGUGGCUUUUGAAGGUCUAAAUGAACCAUCAGGAUCUGCAGGAUGGAGAGCAAAUGUGUCUCCAAAGUCCCACCCAGUUGCAGAUUUUCAGUUUGAUGUGUUUAUUUCAGCCGGAGGGGGGAAAUAUGUGCCUGAUGGUUUUAAGAUAAAGGAGCUCCGAGGAAAGCUGGCUAUUGGUAUCACUGCAAACUUUGUAAACCGUCACACUAAACAAGAGGCUCAGGUGCAGGAGAUCAGCGGUGUGGCCCGAAUUUACAACCAGCAGUUUUUCCAGGCUCUUCAGUCUGAGAUUGGCGUUGAUCUAGAAAACAUUGUCUACUACAAAGACGACACCCACUAUUUUGUGAUGACUGCAAAAAAGGCCAGCUUGUUAAAGAAAGGAGUCAUAAAGCAGGAUUUCUCUGAUGCCGAUAAGCUCCUGGCUCCCUCAAAUGUGAAUCAGGAGGCACUGCAGGAUUACGCAUUCGAAGCAUGUGAUUUCUCCACAGAGCACUUGCUGCCCAACCUGGAAUUCGCCAAGAACCACAAAGGCCAAGCGGACGUGGCCAUGUUUGACUUUACCUGCAUGCAGAGGGCAGAGAGCGCCUCUCUGGUGAAGGAGAGGAAUGGCAAGAGGCUGCUCAUCGGGCUGGUGGGAGAUUCUCUGGUAGAGCCUUUUUGGCCUUUGGGCACUGGCAUUGCUCGUGGUUUUCUGGGUGCGUUUGAUGCAGCGUGGAUGGUCAGGAGUUGGGGAAAAGGUGUGCAGCCCAUGGAGGUUCUGGCAGAGAGGGAAAGUGUGUAUCAGUUGCUUUCUCAAACAACUCCAGAAAACACCAGCAAGAACUACAUGGCCUACAGCAUUGAUCCAAGCACACGAUACCCGAACAUCAACCUGUCCUCCAUCAAACCCAGACAGGUCAAGCGUCUGUAUGAAGCAGAAGAGCAGGAAAGCAAACCAAACAAACUGAAGAAACCUGACAUAAAAGCUAAACCUAGAAAAGACUCUAUGAAGCGUCUGGAGGAGCUGUUGUCCUGGUGUCAGAAGAAUACAGUGGGAUACGAGCAUGUGAAGGUCAAAGAUCUGAGCGAGUCUUGGAGGUCUGGUCUGGCUCUCUGUGCUCUCAUCCACAGCUUCAGACCUGAGCUUGUUGACAUGUCGGCUCUGGAUGAGUAUAAUAUCAUCAAGAACAAUAAGUUGGCUUUUGAUCUGAUGGAGAAAGAGUUCGGCAUCACCCCCAUCAUGCGGCCCGGCGAUAUGAUGACCUGUGGUAAAAUCGACCAGCUGUCCAUGGUGGUUUACCUCACACAGAUACGCAACGCUCUUACUGAGAAAGACACACCAGCAGCGCAGUCCAACACACUCUCCCUGUCCAGAAAGCGUUCAGCCGUUGCCUUCCUCAACACACUCAAACGCAACUCUCUGCAAAGACAUAAGGAUCGACUGGCAUCCGUGAAAGGACCAAGACAGCAAAACAUGAAGGAGAAAGAAGAGAAGAAGGAUGUGAAAGAGGAAAGUCUCUCCUCAGAGACGAGUGCAUGUGAACCCUGUUAUUUCUGCAAGAAGCAUCUGUAUGUGGUGGAGAGAGAAAGUGCAGAGGGAAAGUUCUUCCAUCGCAGCUGCUUCAACUGUUUUCAGUGCGGCUCCACUCUGCGGCAGGGCGGAUACUCUUUUCACUCUGACAAUGGGAGGUUUUACUGCGAGCUGCACUCACUGGCUGAGGAAGAGGAGGGUGAUGAAGGUCAUGGAGGCGCACAGAAUCAUACUGAGAACGGAAGUAAGGAGGACAAAAAUGGAGAAACAACAGCGGCUUCAUCCCCACCUGCGCAUCUCUCAAUAAAGCGUAAGGGCUCGUACAAGAUCUCUGUUGACCCUGACUUUGAUGAAUCAACUGAGUUUCCUGCUCCAGACCAAGAUGAACCACCUGAUCUUGAGGAGUCCCAUCAACCUCCCAAACCUUCAGAGCUCAGUGCGGAAAACACAAACAUGGAAAACCAACAACACAACAUCAAUCCAGUUCCUGCCCCGCGUGGCUCCAGAGCUCCGCUCCCGAAACCUCGCACUGUCCAUAAUGUGGUGCACGAACCCUGUAAUAUUCCAGAGGAAGCAGAGCAGAUUCCUGAGGAGCCCAAACCCAAACCGUCCCUGCGCAAACUCCAGCAGAGCGAAGAGGAGAAGGUGGAUCUGUUGAGCCAGGAUUCAGACUCUGAGACACGGGGCUCGUCUUCUGCCGCCUCCACCUCCUCCUCAUCCAAACAGCAUGAAGAGGAGGGCUACUGGAGCGGAGGCACGACGUGGGGGAAGAGCCAUCGUGAGCAACGAAACCGCCCCUGCAUAAGGAGGAAGAGUGAACCUCCGCUGCCGCUGACUGGCCAUUCUCAGCACGGAAAGAUGCGCUCCAAGUUUUCCCCGUGGAAUCUGUCUUCACCGCGGCUCCAGCAGCGAUUCAGCGUUCACAGAGUUCCUGCAGGUCAAAGUCAGCCAGAUCAGUAUGUAUCAGAAGAUGAUAAUGAAGAUGAUGAAGAUGAGGAUGAAGAGGACCUUCAGGCUGAACAUUAUUUGGAUUGCGAGGGAGCUGAUUUUGAAUUUUCGGAUUCAGAGAAACGCAACUUAAAGAGGAUGAAAACUCUGGAGCGGAAAGCAAAAAUGACUGAAAUCCAGCGUUUCCACAAAGCUCAGUCGAUUCAGAGACGUCUGGAAGAGAUCGAAGUGACCUUUAAAGAGCUGGAGGAGAAAGGAGUGGAGCUGGAGCGAGCUCUGAGAGGAGAGACGGGUACAGGUGACCCUGAAAUCAUUGAUCAGUGGAUUGAACUGGUCCAGGAGAAAAACAACCUGCUGUCAGAGGAGUCUGAUCUCAUGGUGGCGUCUCGACAGCUGGAGCUGGAGGACAAACAGAGCAUGCUGGAGAUGGAGCUGCGCCGCUACAUGGAAAUGGAUGAUUCAGAGAAAAGCCCUGAGCAGCAAAAGCACGAGGCAGAGAUCCUGCAGGAGAUGCUGGACGUGGUAGACAUGAGGGAUUCACUGGUGGCCUUUCUGGAGGAGAAGAGGCUGAAGGAGGUCAAUGAUCAAUUUAAUUCAAGCCUGGAUGCCAAAAGACGUUCAACCACAGCCUCCCAGGUGCACUGGGAGUAAAACGACACACAAACACACACAUCUACUGGCUUAAAAUACACACCACAACACCUUAAUGAAGUUGUUCAUCUGACAGUUACAAUUCUGGCAUCAUUUAUACACUCUCAUGUCAUAUAAAGUCCAUAUAAAUUUCUAUCUUCUGUGAUAUUAUAAGAAAAACACACUGCUAGAUAAUAAAGUUUGAGGUAAGAGUGAACAAAAAGUCCAAAUUGUGUAGAGAACUUCAAAAUUAUUAAAAAUUGCACUAGAUAAACUUAGAAUCAUGAAAAGGUUUAAAAUUGCAUCAAAUAAAUCCGCAAAAAUUCUUUAUUUCCAACAUCUCAAAAAAGCCUAAUCAAGGAAAAAAAAAGAGAGUAAUAGAUGUUAUAAUUAUCAGUUACAAGAACAGAACUAUGAGAUGUAUACUAUGAGAAUUGCAACGUCAAAGGUCUGAAUUGCAAAAUAUUAUAUAUAUUUAAAGAAAAUAGAUCCUAUGUCCUCAGAACAAAAGUUAAAAUUGCAAGAUGUGUAAAAUCCUAAUAAAUGUCAACCAAAUAUAAUAAAAAUAUUAACUAUGACAAACUAAAAUUUGAAAUCUGAGGGGAAAAGUCAAUAUUGUAAAAUGUAAAUUUAAAAUCUUGAAAACAGUGCAAAAUCGUAUGAUGUAAACAUAAAUCUAAAGUUAGAUAUGAAAUUAAAAGUUAGAAUUGUGAUUGUGGAACAGUCAAUCCUCUCAAACCUGUCUGGGUCCAGUCAGAACAACUGGGAGGCUUGUUAAGACUUGGUCCGAAAAAAAAUGAUGGUGCACCCAGGAAAGCACGUCGGUGAUGUUUUUUUUACAGUGCCCUAGAAUCCACAGGAAGU